GGCCCCGCCGCGCGCGCCCCGCCGUUGGCUCCGGCAUGUCGGGCCCCGGGCCGCGGGAGCCGCCGCAGGCGGGCGGGCCGGCGGGCCCCGAGGGCGCGGACGCGGCGCCGGGCGAGGCGGGACUGAGCUUCACGACCACCGACCUGAGCCUGGUGGAGAUGACGGAGGUGGAGUACACGCAGCUGCAGCACAUCCUCUAUUCGCACAUGGAGGCGGCGGCGGCCGACGGCGAGCUCGACGCGCGCCUCAGCUCGGCCUUUCUGGCGGCCGCCGCGCCGGGCGCGGCGGCGGCGGGCGGCUUCGCGGCGGCGGGGGGCGCGGCGGCGGCGGCGGCUGGGGGCGCGGCGCCCGUGUACCCGGUGCUGUGCCCGCCCGCGCUGGCCGACGGCGGCUUCGCGGGCGCAGCGCCCUGCCUGGGCCACGUCGACUUCCAGGAGCUGCGCAUGAUGCUGCUGAGCGAGGCGGGUGCUCCCGCCGCCGCCGCCCCCGCCGAGAAGACGCCGGGCGCCGACUGCCCCGGUCCCGGCGCGCCGCGGCCCAAGGCGCCCGACGGCGGCGGCAAGGAGAACGCGGAGGGCGCGCCCGAGGCGCGGGCCAAGUCGGCCGUGCGCGUCCGCCUGGAGGACCGCUUCAACAGCAUCCCUGCGGAGCCGCCGCCCGCUCCGCGCGGCGCCGAGCCCCCAGAGCCCGGCGUGGCGCUCAACAAUUUGGUAACUCUUAUCCGACAUCCUUCCGAAUUCAUGAACGUCCCUCUUCAUCAGCAACAAAACAAAUGCACGACAUUGGUGAAAAAUAAAACUGCGGCAGCCGCCACCGCUUUACAAUUUACAUGCCCUCUGUUCACGGCCAAUGCUUGCUCUGCUGCGGGGGUUUCGAGCCUCUCACAGACGCAGGGUUCUGGUAACCCAUGUUCUAUACUCGAAGCUGCCAAGCAUCAGGACAUUGGAUUGCCUAGAGCAUUUUCUUUCUGUUACCAGCAGGAAAUUGAAUCCACUAAACAGACUUUGGGCAGUAGAAACAAAGCUUUGCCUGAGCAGGUUUGGAUUAAAGUAGGAGAAGAAGCGCUAUGUAAGCAAGCCAUAAAUAAGAGGAAUCGGAGUAGAAUACGUCAGCUGGACACAAAUGUAGAACGAAGAGCCCUUGGAGAGAUUCAGAACGUGGGCGAAGGCUCAACCACCACACAGGGCGCUUGGCCGCCCGCGGAGUCCUCGCAGGCAAACCUCGGGGAGCAGACCCAGAGCGGGCCCCAGGGAGGAAGGUCGCAGCGUAGGGAGAGGCACAACCGCAUGGAAAGAGAUAGAAGGCGCAGAAUCCGCAUUUGCUGUGAUGAGUUGAAUCUUUUAGUCCCGUUCUGCAAUGCGGAGACGGAUAAGGCGACCACCCUGCAGUGGACCACGGCGUUCCUGAAGUACAUUCAGGAAAGACAUGGAGAUUCUCUUAAAAAGGAAUGCAGUAUGAAGCCGCCACAACCCAGCAACAGAAAAACAACACAAUUCAAAAACGGGCAAAGGAUUUGAAUACCUUUUUCCAGAGAAGAUAAACAAAUGACCAUCAGGUCCAUGAGCAGAUCUCUGAUCAUCAGGGAAAUGCAAAUCCAAAGGCUGUGCCGCUUCCCACCCAGUAGGUGUGACUGUUACUGACAGACGGAACUGCAAGUCUGGGAGCAGAACACCAUGCAGCUGCUGUGGAAAAUCGGGUGACAGCUUUCAAAGGUAGAAUUGUCACAUGACCCGGCGGUUGCACUUGUGGGUAGAGACCCAGGAGGACACUUGGAUGUGAACGUUCACAGCAGCCAGGACAUGGAGGCCCCCUGUGUCCAUCAGCAGAUGAGUGGAUAAGCAGAGCGUGUGCACAGACAGCGGAAUAUGGCUUAGCCAUAAAAAGGAAGCGCUCGGCACCUGCCACAGCACGGAUGCACCUGAGGAUGCCAGUUACAAAAGGACAACUACUGUAUGAGCCCACCUCUGUGUGGUCCCCGGAGUCAUCCCAACUCGUAGAGACAGAAAGUGGGACGGUGGGUGGGUGCUGGGGGAGGGCGAGAGCCCACGUUCCGUGGGGACAGAGUGUCUGUGUGGGACGAUGAAAGGUCAGAAACGGCGCUGAUCACACAGCAUCCUGAAGGUAGUUAAUGCCACUGGGUAAAACCACUUAGAUAAGUGGCUAAAAUGGAAAACUUCACGUUACAUAUUUUUUACCAUAACAGAAAAUCUGUAAACGUAAAUUUAAUUGUUAAGAAUGCUAUGCUUUAAAAAAAAAAGAACUUAUGGAAGUGUAUCCGUGCACAGACGCGGGGAGAACAGAACACUGAGCUCCUGGGUUCCUUGGGCACAAGGGAGCGUCGUCAGUACCCCCGUCCUGCCUCCCUCGAUGGAUGGUUUAAAGCAUUCCACAGAUUUCUCGGUUUUACUCUCAAGGGCAUCUCUAAAAAUAGAAGUGUGGGGCGCCUGGGUGGCUCAGUCGUUAGGCGUCUGCCUUCGGCUCGGGUCAUGAUCCCAGGGUCCUGGGAUGGAGCCCCACGUCGGGCUCCCCGCUCAGCGGAGAUCCUGCUUCUCCCUCUCUCACUCCCCCUGCUUGUGUU